GGCCCGAGGCGGCGGCGGCGGCUCCGGGCUGUGACCCACGCGGCGCGCGGCCCGCCCGGCCUGCGGCGCGGUCCCCGGGCGCGGUGGCACCAUGCCCUUUGACCUCCGGAGGUUUGACAUCUACAGGAAGGUGCCCAAAGACCUGACACAGCCAACAUACACAGGCGCCAUUAUUUCCGUCUGCUGCUGCCUCUUCAUCCUCUUCCUCUUCCUCUCGGAACUGACGGGAUUCAUCACGACAGAAGUGGUGAACGAGCUGUAUGUUGAUGACCCAGAUAAGAACAGCGGAGGGAAAAUUGAUGUCAGCCUGAACAUCAGUUUACCCAAUUUGCACUGCGAAUUGGUCGGGUUGGACAUCCAGGAUGAGAUGGGCCGGCACGAGGUGGGCCACAUCGACAACUCCAUGAAGAUCCCGCUGAACAACGGGGCGGGCUGCCGCUUCGAGGGCCAGUUCAGCAUCAACAAGGUCCCUGGCAACUUCCACGUGUCCACACACAGCGCCACCGCCCAGCCGCAGAACCCAGACAUGACCCACGCCAUCCACAAGCUCUCCUUUGGGGACACGCUGCAGGUGCAGAAUGUCCACGGUGCGUUCAAUGCUCUUGGGGGCGCAGACAGACUCAGCUCUAACCCUCUGGCCUCCCACGACUACAUCUUGAAGAUCGUGCCCACGGUGUAUGAAGACAAGAGUGGCAAGCAGCGGUACUCCUACCAGUAUACGGUGGCCAACAAGGAGUAUGUCGCCUAUAGCCACACUGGGCGCAUCAUCCCGGCGAUCUGGUUCCGCUACGACCUCAGCCCCAUCACGGUCAAGUACACGGAGCGAAGACAGCCCGUGUACAGGUUCAUCACCACGAUCUGCGCCAUCAUCGGGGGCACCUUCACCGUGGCCGGCAUUCUGGACUCGUGCAUCUUCACAGCCUCGGAGGCCUGGAAGAAGAUCCAGCUGGGCAAAAUGCAUUGACCUGCCCCCCGCCUCUGCUGACAGCGGCCUCGAUCACCUGCCCGGAGCCCCGGGGCGCCCUUUCCCCUGGGGCACCCCCGUGCCAGGGGCGGGCCCGGCCGCGCUCCCGCAGCCCCCCAUGUCGGGACCCAGCGAUCGCGCCCCGGGGACCCGCGGCCCGAGGCUCCCCAGCCCCCCCAUGUCGGGACCCAGCGAUCGCGCCCCGGGGACCCGCGGCCCGAGACACCCCAGCCCAGCCCCCCAUGUCGGGACCCAGCGAUCGCGCCCUGGGGACCCGAGGCUCCCCAGCCCCC